ACUUACUACCUACUGUUACCAAUGGUAAAAAUGGAUUUGCAACAAGGUGACACGUGAUUCUGGACUAAGCAAAGGAAUGAUGCAAAAGGCUGUAGUUUGCCAAAACUUUGAUUUUGAUAAAUACAUCUGCAACCCAACCAAAUUCAACAUUGAUACAGAGGGGAUAUAGAGAUGGAUGUACCGAAGAAUUUGCAUCUACAUACAUCAAGCGAUGGUGGCAUUAUUAAAGACUCAAUGACUCACGCUUCCUCAUUGGGUGAUGAUUCCUGUUCUUCAUCCUUUGCAUCACAACAGAACUCUGUUACUCCACGUCAAACAGAUCAGUCUGUUUUAAGGUACAGUAGAAGCAGCAGUACAGAUAGCUCAGAUUCCCAUGAUAGAGGGGAGAUCAAGUCUAUUGUAAGAGUGAAGGACCCUGCACUAGAUUUCUCACCUCUAAUGGCAUUACUGCAGCCUUACACAGAUCUGAACAAGCCACCAGCUAACUGGUUAAGGAGGAGAUCUCUUCCUCAGCAGCAGAGGGCAAGGCAAUUUUUGUGGCCAAAAAGAGUUUCAAGUUUUGCGAUGGCAAACAAUGCAUUAGACCUUACCGGAGAAGUUGAUGUGAUAUCACAAGCGAAGAGUAUCAAGAAACUGCUGAAGAUGCCAUUUUCGUCUAAGUCCCAGAUCAGUAUGAUGGUUCACAAAGUGGACAAUUCUCUUCUGAUUGAUGACUUUGAUAUUCACAAAAACCUGUUGAGAAAGCAGAAUGAUGACUGGAAAUGGUUGCGGGAAUUUUACUUGGAGUCAGUAAAGAAGGACAUGCAGGUGAAAUGUGUGCCAAAGAAAAAGAAGACCAGAGACUAUCUUCAGAAUAAAAACAUGCUUUCCAAGUUUCUGUACAGAAGUGUACAAGAAGCAUUGAAUUCCGGAGAAUCACUGCCAGUGUCAACAUUAAACAGAGAUCUUAGUGAGCAGGACGAAUUCUCAGAAGACUUGUUUGGACAGCACCGAGAACUGAUCUGGACUUUUGAGAACAUUCAGAUGUUGAUUGGAACAGAUUUACCUAUCUUUACACGUGGCACUAAUUACCCAUGUGUAAGUCUAAGAUUAAGGGAUAUGAACACCCCCAUUAAUGUUCUGACGGGACUGGACUAUUGGCUGGAUAACCUGAUGUGUAACGUCCCAGAGGUGGCCAUGUGCUUCCAUUUAGAUGGUAUUGUACAGAAAUAUGAACUUAUAAAGACCGAGGAUAUUCCUAACCUUAAGGACUCCGAGUUUGACCCUCAUAUGGUGACGGACAUUGCCUGCAAUAUAUUAUCUUUCCUGAAAUCGAAUGCCACAAAGGAGGGGCACACCUACUGGUUAUACAAAGGAGUGGACGAUGAUGUGGUCAAGCUAUAUGACCUGACCUCUUUAGCGGACAGUCAGGAGGAUCAGUCUAACCCAUUCACCGUCCCCCUCGGCAGACUACUGUAUCGUGUAGCCUGCAACAUGUGGAGAAACGGAAACAAAAGUAGAAGAAGAAUCCGACUGCUAUUAGAAAACUGCUUACUGCUGUUAGAUGAAGAGAAACAUUCUCAGAUAUGUACAUCAGCCCACUACCUUCUUUCUGAUGUGGUAGUGCCAGAUGCCAUUAUAGAAGAUGGCUGGAAAGACACCACUGAGAAAGACUCUGAUGGAGAGGAAACUAAUUCCCAUUCUAAACAGUCAGAUAAUUCCGACAUAGAAGAUGAACAGUUUACAUCGGUAACAUUAAAAUCACUGUGUGAUCAGAAUAGCUACAGAAAACAGGCAAGCCCGACUAAGAGCACGCCAGUGGUGACUGAGGUCAAGAGUUCACAGGUGGUGGCUGAUGUCACAGAGAGGUGUCUGGAUGCUGUUAAACAUACCGCAAGGGGAUUACUGUGUCUAGAUAAAGACUUCACCAUACAGAUACGAAAAAACAAAAACAUAGUGGAGGAACAAAUGACCUGUAACAAAGAUACAGCAAUUCCUCUGCACUACGAACCCCUCCAGAAAUCAGCUCCACCCCAUAACGACACAGAGCCUCCCCUACAUGACAGGGAUCAGUCCGUGGUGGAAACAGAGAGUUCCCUCACCUGGCAUCGCACCCUCAAGGUCCUCCUGCUGAAGAAAGCCGCCGUAGCAUUGUACACACUGGCCAGAGGAGCUGCAGUAGAAUACCAGGCUGGAAAAAGUCUACGUCUCCUGAAAAUUUCACUUCAGUGUUUUGAUGCCAUGAAAAUUCUCCUGCCUGAGAAAGCAACAGAGAACAGUGAAUUGUUAUGUGGGAUGCUGGGUCUGGCUGGAGAUGUUCUGCUACUUUGUGUUCACCAGAAUCUCAGUCUGCACUCAGUGAUGGAGGCAAUGUUUAACUACUCUGAGGAUGAAAUCAGUCUAUCUGAAAGUGUGUCCAGGGAACUGGAAAGUUUUGAGUAUGAUUGGGUGUUUGAGCUUAAAAUAGGAGACAUUGAAGGUUGUUUAAACCAGUGCUGUAAGUGUUACCAGGAAGCUCUGAAUGUUCUCAAAUCAUCAGAGAAUGAUGACAAACCUGAUACUGCGAUAUCCCUACAGAAACGCUUUGCCAACAUUAAAAAUGAGCUAGGUGUGUGGUAUAUGAACCAGGCCCAGAUCUGUCUUCAAAAAGAUGAACCUCCAUUUCCUAGUGCAAAAAUGGACAGCCUUUGUCAAAAGUCCUUUUCAGCAUUGGAGGAGGGUGUAACUGUGUUUGCGAGUUUGUCUGAUAAACCAAACACAGCUCUUCUGUACACAAACAAAGGACGGCUGAUGAGACUUUAUGCCCAGGCUUAUACCCAGAACACAAUGCAGUUGGAAAAUCCACAGUUCAGUGAUGUGGAACGUAAAUAUUUUAAACAGGCAAUUGACUGCUACAACAAAGCCCUGGAAUAUCUCCAUGGAGGUCAAUAUACUGAGAUCUGGGAAUCUGUCUGCUGGGAAAUGUCAACCUGUUUCUUCAACAUGGCUAUCCUUCUUCAGGAUUAUGUGCCAUUACAGGAGUAUACCCAAGAUGAGGUUGAGAAGGAGGUUGUGGAUUUGCUGAUGAAAUCUCUCAAAUACUGUAAUGUUGAUAUCAAAUCAGCCAAGCAGCCAAUGUGUCAGUACCGAGCCGCAAACAUCCACCACCGACUAGCCUCUCUGUAUCACAACUCUCUAAGAAACCAACAGAAUUCUGAGCAGAGGAAGAAGUACCUACGGCACCUGAUGGAGACACACUACAGAAAAGCUGAGAGUUUUUUCUCCCUGUUAGAAUGUCACACAGAACUUCUUCGAGUUUUGUUAGAGCAGGUAGCCUUGUGGGAAUACAUAUUGCAAGGUCUACCCAGUACAAAAACACAGCUGAAGCCAUUAAUGUCAGCAGUCAGGUGCUUGUUGGAAUGUCGAGGGGUGCUGGUUCACAUGAUCGAACAGCUGGAUGAUCCUGACAUAAGUGAUAAAGUCCAGUCAGAGGGGGAAAGCUUGACGGACAUAUUGGAGUCAAGACUACAGUUUAUACUGCUGCAGCUCAUCAAGUGCUACAAAACAAACAAAUUAAGUAAACAUAGUAAUAUUUUGAAAACAAAGGCACUCUAUAGAAAAAGCCUAGAAAACAAAGAUCCCACAAAAUCAUCUCCGAUGAAGAGUCGCUGGAGCCAUCUUGUCCAGUUAUUAGAAGAACUUCAGUCUCUCAAACCAGAAUCUGAGUUUACAUGAACCUUUGGUGUCAGAAGAAUUGUUUGCUAGGAGUGGAGGGUUGUCAACUUUUCAACAAAAUUAGGAGACAGAAUUAUAUGGCUGUUUAAGAACUUCAGCAUCAAAUAUUAAUAUUUUUUUAAUAGAACUGUGAUUUUCUUUUACAUAUACAGUGUUCCAUUUGACAUACUUUAUGACAUCAUGGAUCUAAAUAAAUAAAAAUAUGAACUA